CGCGGAGCCGCCGCCAUGGCCGGGCGUGCCUGUAGGUCCGCGCGCGCGUUGCUCGCCGCCCUGCUGGCGCCGGCGCUCGUGGCGCUGCUGGUGACGCCGGCGCGGGGUCGGGGCGGCCGAGACCACGGGGGCUGGGAUGCCGCCGCGCCGCUGCCGCCGCUGCCGCCCCGCGAGGACGCGGCGCGCGUGGCCCGCUUCGUGACGCACCUCUGCGACUGGGGCGCGCUGGCCACCAUCUCCACGGAGGAGGCGGUGCGCGGCUGGCCCUUCGCCGACAUCCUCUCGCUCAGCGACGGGCCCCCGGGCGCGGGCAGCGGCGUGCCCUACUUCUACCUGAGCCCGCUGCAGCAGUCCGUGGGCCACCUACAGGAGAAUCCAGAUGCUACGCUGACCAUGUCUUUGGCGCAGACUGACUUCUGCAGGAAACGUGGGUUUGAUCCCCAGAGUCCCCUCUGUGCUCACAUAAUCCUGGCAGGAACUGUCACCAAGGUGAAUGAAACAGAAGUGGACUUUGCAAAGCGUUCAUUAUUCAUUCGACACCCUGAGAUGAAAACCUGGCCUUCCAGCCAUAAUUGGUUCUUCGCUAAGUUGAAUAUAACCAAUAUCUGGGUCGUGGACUACUUUGGUGGACCAAAAAUAGUGACACCUGAAGAAUAUUACAAUGUCACGUUUCAGUGAAGCAGAAUGUGGAGAAUUUAACCGCGUGUGUGAAGUUGCUUAGGAUGGCUCAUACAGACUUGAAGGGCUGAAUGUUUCUGUCUGGGAAGAUCCUGGAAGAUCAGCCACUUGUCUUUCACAGCCUGGCUUGUUUGCUUGCUUAUUUGCAGAAUAAGUUGCACUGUCACUGGAUUUCUUGGAAGAUGUGGUUGCUAGAUAUUAUUUUUUUCAUAUUUUGAAGCCAUUUUCAUAGAGACAUGUCUUUUAUUAUAAUCAAAGAAAUUUUGUUCCAUCAAUUCUGAAUAGUUUCCCAACGAUGCUCCUUGAAGAGGAGCAGGUCCCAGGGUAGAUUGCCCAUGGCAUUUGAAGGUGCUCGACUGUGUGUUCCAUUCCUGGAAGCCGCUGUGCUGGGAGAGGGUGUCGCUCUCCCCCAGCUGCGCCUGAGCCUGUGCAAAGGGCUUGGCUCCUGUUCCGGUUGCCCGAAUAAAUCUUGCCAAGACGUGAAACACAAAUGGAGCUUCCUGCUCAUGGUCCAUUUGUGUCUGACAGUCCUGGGUAUCGUUGGUCCAACAUAGGGCAAAACUAUUUCUUACAAAGAACUUUUAUUUUUUUUUCUUUUCAAAUCUAAGGUGAUAAUUACCUACAGCAAAAAAACUUCAUAAAACUUUUCUUGAAUUUGAUUUCCCCAGCUAAGAGGACACUGUAUAAUUCUUUUCCUCCACUCAAAACAUACACUUAUACACAUACACGUUAUUAUUAUUAUUAUAUUGCCCCAAAAUGGGAUUGCAAAAGGAAAAGAAGGAAGAAGGGAGUUCUGUGUGUAAGUUGUUCCGGUGUUCUGUUAUGAGAGAGUUAACUGGACAUGGAUCCCUUCAGCCAGGGCCAAAUUCCCCCUCCCCAGCCUUCUCCAUAGCUGCCUUAAUAAUGCUGCUCCCAGCUGUGACCCCAGGCUUCCUCAACUGCUCUGAGUCCCUAAAUGGUUAAAUCAGGUGACCUAAAUCAGGUCAUCAGAGGGAAGAACAUGACAUUUUUUUAAAAAAAAUCAUUUCUUCAGAAGAGAAGAAACUAUUCAGUUUUAUUACCCAUAUGCAUGAUUUCAGAAGACCAGAUUCCUCGUAAAGGGGUGUGUCAGGAAUUGAGCUGCUGAACCCUUAAAUGGCUAAGAGAAAGGAGGUUGAAUAUGAAUUAUGAUCAUUAUGCUUAUGAACUUAUCUGGAAUCCAGCAAACAGCUUCUGUUUAAGAAAGAUGAUUUAUGUCAAACUUGGUAAAAUAGGUUUGUUAUUCAAAGCAUCAGUAAUUAAAAGCAUUAUUUUAAUGAAA